AUGGCUUCCCGAGUUCCACGCAAGGUUCGACGUCGCAAGAAGCCCGUCCGCACGCGAGACGACCGAGUGCGCAAGCCGUCCGCACGCGACUCCAUCUUUGGCAGCCAGUGGACUCGCCCCACAAAACCACCCCAGACACGCCACAAGAAGAAGUCCUCAAAGCCAAAGGUGCCGCCCUCGGACGAUCUUCUCGAGGAUAAUGUUUUUGAGCGCACGCCUCUGCCCCAAGACUAUGUUUUUGUCCCCAAGGGAGAUGUGUACAUUACUCGGAAGUGUCGUGUCAUGACGAAGGAGUCAAACAAAACUGUCUAUCUUGUCUAUGAUAACGCUGGAAAGCGCAAACUUGGGAUCCGAGUGCCACGCAAUAUCCACGCUGAUGUGCUUGCUAUGGCCGCCAAAACGGCCGACUCUCGCGCAACGGCAGUCCAAGCCCGGGACACCAAGUUCAUGGCUCGCGGUCGUGAGGUCCUCCGUGAGCAGUUUCCCCUAAUGCCCGAGGAUACCCUCGAGGUGGUCUUGAGCCAUGCUUUUCUCAAGGGCUCUGGUCGUGUGGGACGUACUGCACUCGAGACAGAUGAGCGUAAGGCCGAGCUCGCCGUCGAGGCGCACAUUCGGCACACCCUCACGCCGUACGAUAGCAUGCUCGAAGGUGGACAGGAACGGUUGCACGCUCGGCGUAAGGUGUGGGAUACUGUCAAUGCCAUCAAGAAAGCAUGGCAGGGAACUGGCCAACGCAAAGAUGAGUGUCUAACUCUUCGAAUCGCGUAA